AUGUCCUUUGAGAAUCCCGAAAAUAAUCUGGGCGGCAAAGAAAAUGAAGUCGCCGCGAUACUUUCGGUCAGUGGACAGGCUGAAUCUAGUACCCCUUUGUAUCAGCCACUCAACGAUCGCUACAUCCGUCUACUGAAACUAUUGCCUGGAAGUGAUCUCGAUCCUAUGAGGGUCCAGCUGCGAUCCGCCUCUCUGGAAGAUCCAGGUCCCUAUACGGCACUAUCUUACGUAUGGGGAGAUGCCAAAGUCGGCAGACGAACCAUAUACUCAGGCGACACAGAGUUGAGUGUGACGGCCAAUCUCUUCCACGCUCUUCAUCGCUUUCGCGACGUCUCAGAAACGCAAACAUGGUGGAUUGAUGCAAUUUGUAUUGAUCAGAGUUGCAUCACUGAACGAAACCAGCAAGUGAGGUUGAUGAUGGAGAUAUACACAAAAGCUGAGGAGACUGUCAUGUGGCUUGGCGAAGAUGAUCAUCCGAACCUUGAAAGGCUGUUCAAGGUGGCCAAGGCGCGACAUGAAUAUGCCAGAUCCAAGCAGAUUUUUGAACGACCAGGAGGGAAAACGCCAGUAUUUUUAUACAGCAAUGACUUGGAGUCAAUGAAGAUUGUGGCCAAUGUACGAGAUCGAUAUGCUAGUCAAUGGGUAUCUGAAGAUGCUCGCCGUCACUUCGUAUCUCCCGAUCCGGAUCCUAGGCUGGUCACUGUGGCAUAUCGAGAUUUGGAGACAGAAGAAACAAACGGCGGCCCAGAAUAUGUGAUUCUUGCUCUCGACCUUGAUAAGCCUCGUGUUCAAAAAGCCGAGGAGAAGGAUUUUCCCGACUUUUGCGCUUUUCUCUUAGAAGCUAUAAAGCCCGCGGAAUUUGAGCUGACAGAUGUCCAAUCUGUUGAACUCCUGAGAGUUUUAGACCACGUCGCAUCCAAGCCAUAUUGGCGACGGGCUUGGAUUGUGCAAGAGGCUAUUGUCUCCGAAAAGGCCACCUUGGUCUGUGGAAAACAUGAGAUUGGCUUUGACGUAUUUUGUUUGCUUUAUGGAUACGAACGCUCGAGUGGGUUGGAUGUGAAGAAUGUCGUUUUGGAUGACGUGCGUGUAUUUGAUGUACGAUCAUCAUUGAGAACACUCAUGCAAGUCAUGGAUCAACCGCCAGACCAGAAACCCAUCAACUUCAUGUCAUUGCUGGAAACAAUAUCGCAAAUCGGGUCCUAUCGAACAAGAGGACAGUCUAAACAAAUGUGCGACCUUACUUUUGGGCGUCUAAUGGGUGACUUUGGCAACCAAUUGGCCACAGACCCGCGAGAUCUUAUCUUCAGUCUGGUUGGACUGUUACGACACUUUUCAGAGCUUCCACUUCAACACCAAUGGGCUAAGACGUCCAUUGAUUAUUCUCUGGAUGUUCAAACUGUGUUUAAAGAUGCGGCCAAACAUAUUGUUGACAGCUACCCUAAACAUCGAAUUGACAACCAGCCGAGAAGGGACUAUAUCCUUUCGUUUGUCAAAUUUGACCCAUCUAGAGAUGACACCUCUCCCCCAAGCUGGGUUCCUGACUGGACCUCUAAUAGAGGCGUUUCAAACGUUCUAUUUGCUGAGGACGAUCCGCAGAUUGAUAUGCUAAUUGAGUAUGAUGCAAAAGUUCAAGGGGACUACCUGAUCCUUUCUGGCCACAUAGUCGACACAGUGACAAUGUCUACUGAUAUUGGACAAGAUGAAGACUUUUACAACGAGAUUGAUCUCUACAAUACAGUGGUGGAGCAAAACCUUGGAACGAGAUAUGGUUCCCAAGAAGAGCGUUUUGGAGCGUUUUGGCGAGCCAUUGUGGCAGACAACCCCAUUGGGAUGAGGAUCAUCAAUGGUGGCGACUUUGUAUCCUUGAAACUUGAUGCUUUGCGAUCUUGGAUGACUCUCUGCGCGGAGAAUUACCAAAAACUUCAGCAGAUCUGGUCGCAUCGACUCAAGUUUAGGCGGAUGCUGGGACCUCUGAUUGCUGAGAUGAAAGAAAAAAACAGGCGAGGUGAAAAGUCACUUCCUCAGAGCUUAUUGGAUCACAUACCUAUGGAAACUAUUGAGGAACUGUUGAAGCAAGAGGAUGAUCCCGCAUGGAGUUCUACUGAGGCAGGGGCGCCUAAACAGUUUGUUAUCACAGAGAACGGGUUCUUUGGGACUGGGCUUCCUGGCGUUGAGGUGGGCGAUGUAGUGGCUAUUCUUGCUGGGUCGGGAUAUCCGUGGUAUUUAAGAAAGCAAGGCGAAGAGUACAUAGUUAUUGGGAAAGGCUGGAUACAUGGGCUUAUGUAUAGAGAUGAUGAGUACCAUAGGCGAGAUUGGAGAGAUGAGGUCGAGACUAUUCGACUGAGGUGA